AUGAUGGUGGUGCAAUUGGCUUACGCGAGCUCAAGCAUCCUUUGCAAGCUUGCAUUGGAUCAAGGGCUGAGCUUCCUGGCCUUAGCAGUGUACAGGCAUCUGAUUGCUCUUGCAGUCUUUGGUCCUCUUGCAUUUGUGCUUGAAAGGAACCAGAGGCCUUCCUUAUCGUUUUAUGUUCUGGUGAGGAUUUUCAUCCUUGCUUUGUUUGGGACGACUCUUCAUCAAAACGUCUACUAUGCUGGGUUGAAUUACACUUCCCCUACUGUUGCAAGUGCCCUGGGCAGUGUCAUCCCAGCUUUUACCUUUAUCAUGGCAGCCAUCUUGAGGAUGGAAAAGGUCAGCAUUAAGACUGCCAAAGGGCGGGCCAGGCUUGUAGGCACCAUCUUAUGCAUUGGUGGUGUCCUAGUAUUCACCUUUUGGAAGGGACAUCUGUUGGAGGGCUUUGUCAGAACACCUUUGAUUGAGGUACAUGGCAGUGAUCCUAAGAGAGGGGCUAUCAAUGAUCAAGAGAAUUGGCUUAAAGGCACUGCACUUAUCCUAACCAGCCUUUUUGCCUAUAGUGCGUGGCUUAUUCUUCAGGCAGUUGUCUCUAGGAUCUACCCUGCUAGACUGUCAAUGAACACCUUGAUGUGCUUCUUUGCAUUGGUGCAAUCUUCUGCCAUUGCUCUCAUCUUCGAAAGGAAUGCUUCAUCAUGGAGAAUGGAUUGGAACAUAAAACUUCUAGCAAUCUGCUACAAUGGCAUUGUGAUAUCUUGCCUCACAUACUACUUGCAAACAUAUUGUGUCAGUCAGAAGGGCCCGGUCUUCGUUGCCACAUUCUCGCCGGUGCUUUUAGUGAUAGUAGGGAUAGCGUCGGCCUUCAUCUUCGCAGAACGGCUUCAUAUUGGCAGCUUGAUUGGAGCCACCAUUAUCAUAGUGGGACUUUACUGCGUUCUAUGGGGGAAAAGCAGUGAUACGAAUGAGAAGAAUUCUGGAGUUGAAAAGAGUUCAGGGAUGCAUGCCACUGAAGGACAAGUAGAACAUUGCUUGUGUUAG